AUGAAGAUCUGCGUGUCCGUCCUCUUGGCUCUGGCCGCGGUCGCCAUCGCCUUGCCCGUUGAAACUCUAUUUAACUGUUCGUUUGCAGAUGACAACACGCAAGACUUGUCUAAGUUACUAUUCGAAAACUACGUUCAUCUUUGUGCACGUAGGACCACUUCCGAUCUUCUUAGUGCUUUUAAGGUGAACGACUUCGCUUGCGCCGCGCACUGCAUGUUACGUGGAAAGUCCGGAGGCAGCUGCAACAGUCGACGUGUCUGUGUGUGUCGCAAAUCAGUCGCCGUACAAAGACACGACAGAGAACGCGCGGAGAACGAGAAGGGAAACACCGAAAUAACCGUAGACCUCCAGUAUAAAUAUACCGGUCGAUUUUUCCUGCAAACGCGCUCGAGGAAAUUCACCGAUGCAGUCUCUUUCGUCGACAUUUCGUCCCAUAUCGAUCCGCUGGAAGCAAAAAUUGCAUUAUCAAGACGCGCAAUCUGGACUGAUAUGAUAAGCUAAACGCGGACAAGAUCGUUUCUUAUCGCUUACCUGUCGCACACGCAAACACCGAUACGAUUCGAACCGGUGCAAUGACCGCCGGUAUGCAACGCGACUUGCCGCGAGUAUGCAACGUGACUUGCACGCGGCGUUACUGAACUUGCAAGUGACCCUGCGAUAUCUUCCGGCAUGUCCUUCCGACGGCCUCGGCGAGAACUCGAAGGGUUCGUAUCCGUCUUCUAAAAUGACUUGUUUAUCACUCGUAAACUAAUAUUAAGAUCAGGGACGGUGAGAAACGUUCGUAUCGCGUAUAUGCAGGUGAAUGCAAUAGGUAAUUUAUCGUUCACCGUUAUAUGCUGUUUUACUGUAUUGUUACUAUGCAUGUACAAACCUCCGGCUGGCGCUGCGGUCAAACGACGUGCGAAAAGCGGCGAAAACGCAAAGCGAUCAUGCUUCACGAUCGCUAGACGCUCCGGGACUCGCGCAACCGAUUAUUUUUCCGUCGCCUGUUCGAUCUCUUACAUAGCGAGCGCGAAUAAGUCCUACGAUCGAGAUUCGUCUUUCAACUUGAUUAUCUAAAAGCGAUUCGUGAGACAAUGAAAUUACCGACGCCCGAUCGCUGACACGCAGCGAAUUCGCGCUGUAAUCGUGGAAAUCGAUACUCGACUUCGUGCGGAGAAACGCGACGGUUUAUACGCGUUGACUGGCGUACUACAGCGUCAAAGUGAAUUUAAUCGACCGAGAUCUACCGUGCUACUCAAUCUGAUCGAAAUUACAUAUGCAGUUACACGAGAAGACAUGAAUUGAUCGUCACGUAAUUCAGCCCUCCGAAAAAGAGGACAGUUAAAGCCGCAGUCGAUGUUUAAAAGUACCGCACGUGAUGCGAUUCAUCGCGAUACGAAAACUGGCGCUUUGUUUUGCGAGGAUAUGGGAAUAUAUCUGUUUCACUAUUCCCUUCUCGCCAUAACAACGGUUGCAGCAAUGCCAGCGUUCGCCGGUGGUUUGUAUUUGUUUUAAUAGCUCACAAAUAUUUUCCUUAUCUGCUCACCACUCGAUUUAUAGCUCACGGCAUUUACGCAUUCAAAAUGUGCUCGCGGGUGAC